AUGAAAAUGCCAAAUCCCACACGCGCACCCAGGCACAUAAAGGUGGGAGAGGGCAGAGCAGGGGAGAACUUUGCAACAGACGCUACAGGGGAAGGGGUAAGUGAGGCUAUGGGUGAAGGGGCAGUAAAGGCUGCACGGGAAGAGGCAGCAGAGGCUGCAGCGGAAGGGGCAGCAGAGGCUACCUGUCAAGGGGUAGCAAAGGCUGCACGGGACGGGGCAGCAGAGGAGGCAAAGGAAGGGGCAGCUGAGGCUGCAAAGGAAGGCGCAGCAGAGGCUGCAGAGGAAUUGGCAGCAGAGGCUGCAGAGGAAUUGGCAGCAGAGGCUGCAGAGGAAUGGGUAGCAGAGGCUGCACGGGAUGGGGCAGCAAAGGCUGCACGGGAAGGGGCUGCCGAGGUCACUGCGGAAAACCCAGGAUGGGGAGUUGCAAGAAGAGCAGCGGAGCUGGCUGCAGGGACCGCAGCAGGUGAGGCGGCACAGCUCGCAUCAGGUGGGGCUGCAGAGACCGCAGUGGGUGAGGCUGUGGGGCCCGCAGCAGGCGAGACUGAAGUGACCGCAACAGGUGAGGUUGCAAGGACCGCAGCAGGUGAGGCCGCAGGGACCGCAGCAGGUGAGGCUGCAGGGAUCACAGCAGUUAGGGCUGCAGGGACCACAGCAGGUGAGGCUGCAGGGACCGCUGCAGGUGGGGCUGCAGGAACUACAGCAAGUGGGGCUGCAGGUGCCGCAGAGGCUGCGGAGGAAGGGGCAGCAAAGGCUGCACGGGAAGGGGCAGCAACGGCUGCUUGGGAAGGGACAGCAGAGGCUGCACGGGAGGGAGCAGCACAAGCUGCACAAGAAGGGGCAGUAGAGGUCGCACGGGAAGGGGCAGCCGAGGUCGCAGAGGAAGGAGCAGGUGAGGCAACAGGGACAGCAGUAGGUGAGGCCGCAGGGACAGCAGCAUUUAAAGCUGCAGGGACUGCAGCAGGGGGGGCUGGAUGGACUGUAGUAGGUGAGGCUGCAGGGAUUGCAGCAGGUGAGGCCGCAGGGCUGGUGGAAGGGGAGGCUGCAGGGGCCGCAGCAGUUGAAUCUGCAGGAAUUGCAGCAUGUGGGGCUGCAGGGGCCGCAGAAGGUGAGGCUGCAAAGACCGCAGCAGGUGAGGCCACAGAGGCUGCACCAGGGGCGGCCGGGGCCACGGUUGGGGCAGGGACAAGGGAGAGGGCUAUAGCGGCUGCAAGGGGGAAGAGUGUAACGAAGGCAGCGGCAAUGGAGAGCGCGGCCCCGGUUGUAGCAGGGGGAGGCGAGAGAGUGACUGCAGCAGGAGAAGGGACAGCAAGGGCCACACGGACAAAAGGUAUGGCUGCAGCCGAAGUAAGAGAGGGGGCCAUGGCACAGCCAGUGGGGGCGGUGGAGGCUGCUGUAGGCGCGACAGAGGCCACAGCAGGGCGGAGAGAGACGGCAUAUGGAGCGCAAGGGGCCGCAAAAAGGGCGGGCAGGGAAGAGCCAGCAGGGGGUGUGGGCUCAGGGGGCGUAGGGGCACCCGAGGACGCGAUGCACAUCGACGGGCCACUGAACCACUACCUCACACCCGCCGAUGAGGCUGAUCUAGCCCCCUUGCAGCCCCAUGGCAAGGUCUCUACUUCCCCCACCAUUCCCAACCCCCCAAUGGCAGGUGAACCGAUGGAGGGACUGGAGGAGACCCCUCGCAUGAAGACGGUCCACCGGGAGGGCGCACAGGCGUAG